ACUUGAGGUUUCAUCCAAUGAAAUACCACAAGAAUAUCACGUGGUUUGAAUUUUUGUGUGGAAAGUCUGCCAAACUUAGGUUGACUGUAUUUGAGACGAAAAUUGUGUGUUAAAUGGAAGGCUAAAGACUCUUUGUGUUGUUUAGGGUGUGUAUGAACUAUCCUCAUUUAAUUUUUUGGAUAAAUUUGUGAAAUUAUGUCUACACAACCGCAGCGAGUACGCAAGAACGCGUCGCCCUCAACGAUGCGGCCUAUGAAAGCCGUGCAACCCUUCACAUUGAAGAGUAGUCCAACUCGUAGAAGUCCGUCCUCACCAACCCCGUGGGUGCCAAGAAGAUCUCCAGAGUCCAACUAUUCCCCAGAAAGAAAGUCACCAAAUUCUCCGAGUUUUAAAGUUGAACGUCCAAAAGCUGUUAAAGUGAACAGCAGUCCUCUAAAAAGGACUGGGUCACUAGAGGCCAUCUAUCUCAAGGGCCAGUGGCCGUCACCAGAGUUCUUUGCAACAGCCACUUUCAAGGUCGAUGCCUGUACUCAGACAGAGGAGGCAGAUGUCUCUCGACAUAGUUCUCACAAGCAUGACAAAAAACAAAAGAAAAAGUCUAAAGAUCAUCGACGAUCCAGGUCAUUUGGACCUGGUGACCAGUUGGCAGCCAUUAGACAAAGGUUACAGAAAUCCAGCAAGACAGACAGCCACAAAGCUCGACAAAGUCCAGUCCCUGCAAGUCACGAUGCUCUGUCAGCCACCGCCCCCGCAUCCCUCCAGAACUUCACCGCCCCCGCAUCCCUCCAGAACCUCACUGUGCCAAUCCGGACCUCCAAGCCUCUGGGGAUCCCUGCUCAUAUCCCGUCCCCGAAGAACAUGUCUAGAUAUCAAAGGAAUAGUGUGGAGGGUCUCAGUAUGGAGAUAGAGAAACUGGUGCUUAAGAACAUUGAUGACAACGAGGACACAGAAAGAAUUGAUAUUCCUGAUGGACAUCGAGCUCCAGUACCAGAACCAGUACACAGGACCAGUAGUACUCGCAGCGUGGACACUCAGACACCCUCUGGGGUCUUGGAUACGGGAACGCCCUCUAUCAGUGUUGACGAUGUAAGCUCAGGGAGUGGGUCGCAGUCCUGUAGCCCUGCGAUGCCCAUCAUUCCGGGCCACAUGGACUCGUCACGUCCAUCCAGUGGGGCCGACUCCGGUAACGAGAGGCCUGAGAAAGAUAUAGAGGGAUGCGAGUCACCAGAUGCCCACUUCAAGGUGGUCGCCAGUCCACGCCCAAACAAAUCCUACUCAUUUGUCCGGGAGCCUCCAGAUGGCUGUGAAAAGAUCCGAGUCAUCACAGAGCAUGCUGAAGAAGACAAGAAGCCAGUGAGUCAGCCGUCCAUUAAAGUACCUCUGCUGUCUUGUCCAAUCAAGACAUCCCAGUAUGUGUUUAAACCAAGUAUUGACUCGGCUUUUUGUCCACUCAGAAAUAUGUACAAAAAUCAGGGGACACAACCCACACAGCCGAUCAUUACAUUAGAGUAGUCUUACUCUAAGGGGACCAACAGACUGUAUUUCGCUUGUGAAUAUAUAUAUAGAUAUAUAUAUUUUUUUCACUUUGUCUUAAUGUGAUUAAUAUUUUUUUUUUUAUUUUAUGUUUUGAGUAACACUACAAAAACUUUUAUACAUGUACAAGUCAUUAUUGAGUUAUAGUAAGUUGUUUUAGUUCCCGUUAUUUAGUAGAAUCUCUUCUGUACUGUCAGGGAGGGAAGGCAAUAACAUGAUAAAGCUAGCGAUACUAAACCUUCAUAAUCUCUGCCGUUCAGGCUCUUUCUGCGCGCAGGUUUAGUUACAUUCAUGUUGUUGGGGUUUUUUUUUUGUCGACUUGUGUGAAAAAUUGGAUCUGUAAUAUUACAGGUCCUUGUUUUUGGUUUAGGUUUUGCAGUUGAUGUCAGGAUUUGUAUUAAGUUUUGUAAUUCUUUUGUAUCAUCUGUAAUGUGGCAUUACCAGGUACUUAGUUUUGCGAUUUACAAAAGGCAUUUUUCAAAAAUAACUAAUACUGUAAAUCAAGAAUUUUUCACGAGACUUUUAUCUUCGUGUUUUCUUCGUUCAGUUCUUCAUGAUAAGACAUGAUCAUGUACACUUGAUAUUAUAAAUGUAAGUUAGAGAUGAUAUUAAGAGAGCCGAUUUUUUUCUUCUAAUUUUUAACAAAAUUACAAGAAAAUAACAGUCUUGUGAAUAAAAUCUGAUCUUCGGUAUUUUGAUUUCUGUGGAUUUUGAAUGUGUUAACGGAGAGAUGUACUACACAAUGGUGCAAGAGACAUUCCAAGUUUUUAGGAUUUUUAGUAUGUGACUGAAUGUUAUUGUAUGGUGAUAAGUAUUUUCCUGUUUUAAUUACAGCAGGUCUCCAUUUAAUUGGCAUUAAAUGUAAGGGAAAUUUUAAUUCAGCCAAAAGAGUACCUCGUUUCCAUUCAUUUCUUCAUUUGAAAUGCAUUGUACUUUCUCCCCAUUCAUUUCUUCACUUGAAAUGCAUUGUAUUUUCUUUCCAUUCAUUUCUUCACUCGAAAUACAUUAUAUUUUCUCACAGAUAUAUAGAAGUAUUUUUAUACUGAUACAGGAUUGUUGUGGUACAGAACUGUUUGAUGAUUUUCUUACAAAACAUGAUAUAUGUUGAUGGGUUUUCUUUACAAGUCAGUAUUUUAUGCACAAUUAAGAUGAUAAAUUAUUUUAUGUAAGAUAUAGCUGUACAAAUAUUUUUUAGGUUUUAUUGUAUAGGAAGACAAAUUUUAAAGUUUAAAUGAGUUUUACAUUUACUAUUGGGAAAAGAAACUUAUAGUAAAUUAGGAACACUUUCCCAGAUUUUGUUGAGAUUCUGUAUUCGACGUCAACAAAGCUUUCCUGAUCAAAAGUUUGUCCAAAAACUUGCAGUCCUUCAUAACUCUGUCAUAGCUGUGUGUCCAGUCAUCGAAGUAGACUAGUCAUCCUUUAGAAAUGUUGUUACCUACAUGUGUAAGAGGAAUUGGAAAUUUCAUUAUGGCUACCAAUACCUCUGGUUUCUUUUGCUACUAAAUGGACUUCAGGAAGGGCUGUGUUUUAAGGAAACAAACUCAGUACCAGUAGAGAAGUGUGAUCACCUUGGUUUCUGGGCCCAGAGAAAGUUUGGAGUUUUCUCGGUAUAGUGCUUUGCCAAAUGUUGUUACAUUCCCUAGAUAAGUAAAACAAAGUCUACCCUUUUUGUUCAACUUCUCAAGAUCUAUAAAUUUUUGUGAAUGCAAGAUGUAUAUUUUGACUUGGAUGAGUGUUUUUCUAUGUUAAUUUUGAUCACUUUGCUCAAAUCCACAAAUGUAAGGCUUCUUUCGAUGUAAAACACAAUAUUUGUACUUUCUUUAAGUGGGGUUCAUGUUUAAGUGUUUUUGGCGGUAAAGUGAAAGUGCUAAGUUGAUGGUUGUGCUACCAUAUGAAAAUCUUUUACCCAUGAUUAUACAUACAAGAAGUGCUAAAUCAAAUGCCAAAUGGUGCAUCGGCUCCGAUUGCAUGGAAUUUUAUGUAUAUGCUGGAGUAAGUACACAUACUGUAUUGUAGCAUCAUUAAUAGUUAUUUAGAUACAGUAAAACCUGGUUACAGCGAACACACUUGUAAUGAAUUCACGCUUACAGCGAAGUUAUUUUCAUUCCCUGUAGUUUUAAAACAUCAUUAUAAACUUAUUGGAUAUAACGAAAUACGUUUAUAACGAAUCAAAAUUCUUCUCUCUCCAACACUUGGCUAUAAACAUGUUUUAAUGUACUACAUGUAAUAUUUACAUGAAUAUACGUUAUGAUUUGUAUUCUUUAGUAAGCGUAUUUUCUAAAUUAUUUUACUUCCACACAAGUAUUUGUCAUAUCUGUCUGCCAAUUUAUUGUCCAUUUGUCAUCAGACUCCAUCCGUGAUUUUACAAUGUAGCUCCAGUCAUCUGUUUAGUGUGUACAACAUUUACAACCCAAAUAUUGUUGGAUUGUUCUAACCCCAUACACUGUUAACAGUACGAUCUCUGCCAAUAUUUAUGAUGGUUACUAUUUAUAGUACAUUUGUACAAUAUUCUUAACAUGUUUUAUUAAUGAUUUAAAAACACAAUUUUAAAAAUUUUAAUGAUAUGAAAACAAAAAUUGUGACUUCAACCAUAUUUUUUUUAUGGGGAUUUUUUUUUUUUAAAGAAAAUGAAGAUUAGUAUUAAAUUAAUUUCAUCGCAACCUAUUCCUUUGUAUGGGAAAAGAAAACAUCCGUUAUAGUGGUUGGAUGCCCCCAGCAGAGGGCGCUCCUCUUCGUCCGUCCAUUCCGAGUCUCCACACAAGCUUCGCCAUCAUUUCGCCUCUCUACCAUUCUGAUUUCAGUGAUCCGUCCACCGAGGGUUUUUUUUAAUUGUCCCAAAUCAUGUGUAUGGCUGGUCAUUAUGUUUCAGUAUUUUUUUCUGCUUGGGUAAUGGCUUCACUCUAUAGAGUAUCCAUGAUUAUUUCAUUCUUUUUGUAAUGUAGUUGACUUUUUCUUUUUUUUAACUAUGAAAAGCGUGUUAAUUUUUUUUUUUUUUGAAUUUGUAAAGUUGGUCAAUUGACACUUGAUUCUAUUGAUGUUUAUUGAGUAGAUAUUGAAAUGUGGAGAUAAUUUAGUUUCUGUACAAAUACCACAGUUGUUGAACAAGACAUUUUAAGGAAAGCGCAGGUUUUGUAGUGAUGAAUAGUGUCUUUUUGUACAAUGGAGUGCGAAAUAAAUGACAAGGACUGCUUUUUUGGAAGAGGGAAAACCUUGUCUUUGUUUCCCAUAAUGUAAUUUCACAAUGACAACUGCAUUGGCUUGUUAUAAUGUAAAGAACUGAGAGGAAAAUGGCAGACUCUUGUUAAAUUAUUGUGCUCGUUUUUGUUUUGUUUUUGGACAUGGUAUUCUUUUUAAUGUAAUGAACAGGUAACUUGUUCCAUAUUACCUGUAAAUUGCUCCUUAUUGGUAAACUUUCAUGAAGUGUGUAUUGAAGAGAAAUGAUAGGCUCAUUAUAAAAAGGGCCUACUGAUCUACCCUCGCGCAAUAGCCGACGCUUUGUCCAGCAAUAUACUUAUAUACUGGUAGUUAAGUUUAUAUUUAAGAUACGACUAAGUACAUGACAUUACAUCAGACUAAAGUGACCACUUAAGCAAUGUUGGUCACAAGACAUAAUUGUUGUUCAUUUAUUUAUUAAAUGCUAAGUUAUUUACAUGUAUAUUAAAAUUUAAUCUAUUUAAUUUAUAUUCUGUUUUGAUAAAUAUGAUUCUUGAAAGAGUAAUUUUAAAAGAGAAAAAUUCCAAUUAUUAAUAUAAUAAAAGAUCAAUAAAUUGUUGAAGUUUUAAUUAAUUUCCAUGGAAUUGAUCAUCCAAUUUAUGAAAAACCUGAUGAUUAUAACUAUCUUGAUUUAAUUUUACAGGCCUGUGAAUUGUGUUCUAAAAAUAUUAUAAGUAAUUAAUGAUCACCAGUGGGCUUAAGAAUUUUGCAAAAGAUUGAGAGAAAAUGAAGAUAUUUUUUUUAUCUUCCCUUUGAAAAAUAGAAUAUGGAGAUUAAUCAUAUCAGAAAAUGGCAUUUCUACAUGUCCACGUAUCUUCCAGCCUUUGUUCAGUCUUAUUUUAAAAGAAAUCGAAUUUUAUGUUAAACCUCAGAACAUACAAUUUCGUGUACAUUUUAAAUUUGUUAAUAUGGAUAAAUAAGGGAUUAAGUGUUCUCCCCAUCCCAGAAGUAUUUAAAUAAUUAAUUUUGAUUAUCAAUGAUAUGUAUAAGUUGUACUAGUUACUUUUUAAUUGUUUUGUAAAUACAAUGUACAAAAAGUCAUAUUCAAAUUUUAAGUUAGGAAGCAAUUUUUUUUCCUUCGUACUUUGACUUGAUUGCUUUGACAUAUUUUUUUCAAUCUAUAUUUUGCUUGUUAGAAAUGUGAAGUUUGCAAAUUGUGAAAUUGUUUUCAAGAAAUGAAGAAAUAAAAAUGUUAUCUUUUAUAAUUUUA